AUGGAUCUGGUUGUGUUCCUGGGGCUCUGUCUCUCCUGCUUGCUUCUCCUUUCACUCUGGAAACGGGGAUCCAGGAAAGGGAAGCUCCCACCUGGUCCCACUCCUCUCCCUAUCAUUGGAAAUAUCCUGCAGUUAGAUGUUAAGAACAUCAGCAAAUCCUUAAGCAAACUCUCAAAACUCUAUGACCCUGUGUUCACUGUGUAUUUGGGCUUGAAGCCCACUGUGGUGCUGCAUGGAUAUGAAGCAGUGAAGGAAGCCCUGAUUGAUCUGGGAGAGGAGUUUUCUGGAAGAGGCAGUGUCCCACUUCUUGAAAGAUCUAAUAAAGGAUACGGAUUAGUGUUCAAAAGUGGAAAGAGAUGGAAGGAGAUGCGGCGCUUUUCCCUCAUGACCCUGAGGAAUUUUGGCAUGGGAAAGAGGAGCAUUGAAGAAUGUGUUCAACAGGAAGCCCACUGCCUUGUGGAGGAGUUGAGAAAAACCAAUGCUUCACCUUGCGAUCCCAUUUUUAUCCUGGGCUGUGCUCCCUGCAAUGUGAUCUGCUCCAUUAUUUUCCAGAAUCAUUUUGAUUACACAGAUCAGAAUCUUCUUAGCUUGCUCAAAUUAAUGAAUGAAAACAUCAAUAUUCUGAACUCCCCAUGGGUACAGGUCUGCAAUAUUUUCCCUGUUUUCAUGGAUUAUUUCCCAGGGAUUCAAAACAAAUACUUUAAAAAUUCUGAUAACAUAAAAAGUUAUCUUUUGGAGAAAAUAAAAGAACACCAAGAAUCCCUAGACAUUAACAAUCCUUGGGACUUCAUUGACCAUUUUCUGAUCAAAGUGAAACAGGAAAAGCACAAUCUACAUUCUGAGUUUACUAUUGAAAAUUUGUUAUACACUGCAAGUGAUUUAUUUGCUGCUGGGAUACAUACAACAGCAACCACCUUGAGAUAUGGACUCCUGCUUCUAAUAAAGCACCCAGAGGUAACAGCUAAAGUCCAGGAAGAGAUUGACCGUGUGAUUGGCAGACACCGAAGCCCCUGCAUGCAGGACAGGAGCCACAUGCCCUACAUGGAUGCUGUGGUGCAUGAGAUACAGAGAUACAUUGACCUCGUUCCCACCAACUUGCCUCAUGCAGUGACACGUGAUGUAAAGUUCAGAAACUACCUCAUCCCCAAGGGAACAACCAUAUUAACAUCCCUGACGUCUGUGCUUCAUGAUGAUAAAGAACUCCCCAACCCAGGGGUGUUUGACCCUGGCCACUUCCUGGACGAGAGCGGUAACUUUAAGAAAAGUGACUACUUCAUGGCUUUCUCAGCAGGAAAACGGAUGUGUGUGGGAGAGGGACUGGCUCGCAUGGAGCUGUUUUUAUUCCUGACCAUCAUUUUACAGAAAUUUACCCUGAAACCUGUGGUUGAGCCAAAGGACAUCAAUAUCACUCCAGCUACCAGUGGGUUGACUUCUCUGCCACCUUCUUACCAGAUCUGCUUCAUUCCUGUCUGA